CCGCCGCCGAACGAGGGCGAGGAGAGCACCGUGCGCUUCGCCCGCAAAGGCGCCCUCCGGCAAAAGAACGUGCACGAGGUGAAGAACCACAAAUUCACCGCCCGCUUCUUCAAGCAGCCCACCUUCUGCAGCCACUGCACCGACUUCAUCUGGGGCUUCGGGAAGCAGGGAUUCCAGUGUCAAGUUUGCUGCUUUGUCGUGCACAAGCGGUGUCAUGAAUUCGUCACAUUCUCCUGCCCCGGCGCGGAUAAGGGCCCAGCCUCUGAUGAUCCCCGGAGCAAGCACAAGUUUAAGAUCCACACCUACUCCAGCCCCACGUUUUGUGACCACUGUGGGUCCCUGCUGUACGGACUCAUCCACCAGGGGAUGAAAUGUGACACCUGCAUGAUGAAUGUCCACAAGCGCUGCGUCAUGAACGUCCCCAGCCUCUGCGGCACCGACCACACGGAGCGCCGUGGCCGCAUCUACAUCCAGGCCCACAUCGACAGGGAGAUCCUCAUCGUGGUCGUAAGAGACGCUAAAAACCUGGUACCCAUGGAUCCCAACGGCUUGUCAGAUCCCUACGUGAAGCUGAAACUCAUCCCUGAUCCCAAGAGCGAGAGCAAGCAGAAGACCAAGACCAUCAAGUGCUCUCUGAACCCCGAGUGGAACGAGACGUUCCGAUUUCAGCUGAAGGAGUCCGACAAAGACAGGAGGCUCUCGGUAGAGAUCUGGGACUGGGAUCUGACCAGCCGCAAUGACUUCAUGGGGUCCUUGUCCUUCGGGAUCUCUGAACUGCAGAAAGCUGGCGUCGAUGGCUGGUUCAAGCUGCUGAGCCAGGAGGAGGGCGAGUACUUCAACGUGCCUGUGCCGCCCGAGGGCAGCGAGGGCAAUGAAGAGCUGCGCCAGAAGUUCGAGAGGGCCAAGAUCGGCCAGGGGACCAAGACCCCCGAGGAGAAGACCAGCAACACCAUCUCCAAAUUGGACAACAACGGCAACAGGGACCGGAUGAAGCUGACCGACUUCAACUUCCUGAUGGUGCUGGGGAAGGGCAGCUUUGGCAAGGUCAUGCUGUCGGAGCGGAAGGGCACAGACGAGCUGUACGCCGUGAAGAUCCUCAAGAAGGACGUGGUGAUCCAAGACGACGACGUGGAGUGCACCAUGGUGGAGAAGCGGGUGCUGGCCCUGCCCGGGAAGCCGCCCUUCCUGACCCAGCUCCACUCCUGCUUCCAGACCAUGGACCGCCUGUAUUUUGUGAUGGAGUACGUGAACGGGGGCGACCUCAUGUACCACAUCCAACAAGUGGGCCGGUUCAAGGAGCCUCAUGCUGUAUUUUACGCUGCAGAAAUCGCCAUCGGCCUGUUCUUCUUGCAGAGCAAGGGCAUCAUUUACCGGGACCUGAAGCUGGACAACGUGAUGCUGGAUUCCGAGGGUCACAUCAAGAUCGCCGACUUUGGCAUGUGUAAGGAGAACAUCUGGGACGGCGUGACCACCAAGACGUUCUGUGGGACUCCGGACUACAUUGCCCCCGAGAUAAUCGCUUACCAACCCUACGGGAAGUCCGUGGAUUGGUGGGCCUUCGGAGUCCUGCUGUACGAGAUGUUGGCCGGGCAGGCACCGUUCGAAGGGGAGGACGAGGACGAACUCUUCCAGUCCAUCAUGGAGCACAAUGUGGCCUAUCCAAAGUCCAUGUCCAAGGAAGCCGUGGCCAUCUGCAAAGGGCUGAUGACCAAACACCCAGGCAAACGUCUGGGUUGUGGCCCUGAAGGGGAACGUGACAUCAAAGAGCAUGCAUUUUUCCGGUAUAUUGAUUGGGAGAAACUUGAACGCAAGGAGAUUCAGCCUCCAUAUAAACCCAAAGCUAGAGACAAGCGAGAUACCUCCAACUUCGACAAAGAGUUCACCAGGCAGCCUGUGGAGCUGACUCCCACUGAUAAACUCUUCAUCAUGAACUUGGACCAAAAUGAAUUUGCUGGCUUCUCUUACACUAACCCCGAGUUUGUCAUUAACGUGUAGGUGAAUGCACACUCCACUGCUCAGCCUGGGGUGCCAGACUUCAGGCCGCUGUGUACGUACCACUUCUAGUCUUCCAGGAUCCAUGGUGCCCUGUGCUGGCGUCCGGCAUGAGGAGAGCUUGUCUAGAAGGCUUCUCUUUGUAUGUGUAGCUUGCUAGUUUGUUUUCUACCAUUUGAAAAUGUUUAGUUUAGGAAUAAGCGCAUUAUCCAGUGAUAGAGGUACAAUUUUCCAAACUUCCAGAAACUUCAUCGAAUCAACCAGACGAUGUCAAAACUACUGUGUCUGACACCAAAAUGCUUCCGUAUUUGUAAUUUUUAAAGUCAGAAGCUGAUGUUCCUGGUUUAAAAAAAAAAAAAGUUUUUACAGUUAUUCUCUAAUAUCUUCUUUGAAUGCUCAGCAUGACCGGUAUUUUUAAAAGUUGUAAGCUUUGCAGUUACUGUGAACUAUUGUCUCUUGGAGGAAAACAUUUUUUUUUGUUUUGUUUAAGAAUUGAUAUGAUUAAACUGAAUUAAUAUAUGCACA